CCAUCGUUACGCGCAACAGCUCAUCAUGACACUCACCUGGACUCCAUCACCUACUACCUGCCCUGUAUCUGUCACUACCCUUUGGUUCCUGCCCUGUAUCUGUCACUACCCUUUGGUUCCUGCCCUGUAUCUGUCACUACCCUUUGGUUCCUGCCCUGUAUCUGUCACUACCCUUUGGUUCCUGCCCUGUAUCUGUCACUACCCUUUGGUUCCUGCCCUGUAUCUGUCACUACCCUUUGGUUCCUGCCCUGUAUCUGUCACUACCCUUUGGUUCCUGCCCUGUAUCUGUCAAUACCCUUUGGUUCCUGCCUUGUAUCUGUCACUACCCUUUGGUUCCUGCCCUGUAUCUGUCACUACCCUUUGGUUCCUGCCCUGUAUCUGUCACUACCCUUUGGUUCCUGCCCUGUAUCUGUCACUACCCUUUGGUUCCUGCCCUGUAUCUGUCACUACCCUUUGGUUCCUGCCCUGUAUCUGUCACUACCCUUUGGUUCCUGCUCUGUAUCUGUCACUACCCUUUGGUUCCUGCCUUGUAUCUGUCACUACCCUUUGGUUCCUGCCCUGUAUCUGUCACUACCCUUUGGUUCCUGCCCUGUAUCUGUCACUACCCUUUGGUUCCUGCUCUGUAUCUGUCACUACCCUUUGGUUCCUGCCUUGUAUCUGUCACUACCCUUUGGUUCCUGCCCUGUAUCUGUCACUACCCUUUGGUUCCUUCCCCAGGUGUUAUUGUUCCUGUUCCGUUGUCUUGUCUGUGCGUUGUUAAUUGUUGUCUUGUUUUAGAUUAUGUAACGUUUGUUUAUUAAAACACUCAGUCCCUGAACUUGCUUCUCCGACUCUCAGCUCACUCGUUUACAAAGAUCAGCGGAUCUCACCUUUCCAAUCAAGAAUUAUUCCACAACACUGACCACGGAUCAGCUCCUAGAGAGAUAUUAUCACCAAUGGCAACACAUAUUGAGGCAGCUCUAUAAUAAUGCUUUAACUCAAGAUUUGGCACAUUAUUGAUCACGUUACAAAUCAUGAAAUAUAUUGAGGCAAAUUUUAGACAGUAGCAAACAAAUAAGCUAAAUAAAACUCAAUUGAAUUAACAUGAAAUUGAUUUCAAUAUUCCCAUAUAUAGGUCUAUGUAGUCUAUACUGUACAUACGGUGCAUUCAGAAAGUAUUCAGACCCCUUGACUUUUUCCACAUUUUGUUACGUUACAGCUUUAUUCUAGAAUGGAUUAAAUUGUAUUUUUUUCAUCAUCAAUCUACAUACAACACCCCAUAAUGACAAAGCAAAAAAUUGUUUUUUUGAAAUUCACAUAAGUAUUCAGACACUUUACUCAGUACUUUGUUGAAGCACCUUUGGCAGCGAUUACAGCCUCGAGUCUUCUUGGGUAUGACGCUACAAGCUUGGCACAACUGUAUUUGGGGAGUUUCUCCCAUUCUUCUCUGCAGAUCCUCUAAAGCUCUGUCAGGUUGGAUGGGGAGCGUUGCUGCACAGCUAUUUUCAGGUCUCUCCAGAGAUGUUCAAUUGGGUUUAAGUUCGGGCUCUGGCUGGGCCACUCAAGGACAUUCAGAGACUUGUCCCGAAGCCACUCCUGCAUUGUCUUGACUGUGUGCUUAGGGUCGUUGUACUGUUGGAAGGUGAACCUUCGCCCUAGUCUGAUGGUCCUGAGCGCUCUGGAGCAGGUUUUCAUCAAGGAUCUCUCUGUACUUUGUUCCGUCCAUCUCUCCCUCAAUCCUGACUAAUCUCCCAGUCCCUGCCGCUGAAAAACAUCCCCACAGCAUGAUGCUGCCACCACCAUGCUUCACCGUAGGGAUGCUGCCGCCACCAUGCUUCACCAUAGGGAUGGUGCCGCCACCAUGCUUCACCGUAGGGAUGGUGCCGCCACCAUGCUUAACCGUAGGGAUGCUGCCACCACCAUGCUUCACCGUAGGGAUGGUGCCGCCACCAUGCUUCACCGUAGGGAUGGUGCCGCCACCAUGCCUCACCGUAGGGAUGCUGCCACCACCAUGCUUCACCGUAGGGAUGCUGCCACCACCAUGCUACACCGUAGGGAUGGUGCCGCCACCAUGCUUCACCGUAGGGAUGCUGCCACCACCAUGCUUCACCGUAGGGAUGGUGCCGCCACCAUGCUUCACCGUAGGGAUGGUGCCGCCACCAUGCUUCACCGUAGGGAUGCUGCCACCACCAUGCUUCACCGUAGGGAUGGUGCCAGGUUUCCUCCAGACGUGACGCUCUGCAUUCAGGCCAAAGAGUUGAAUCUUGGUUUCAUCAGACCAGAGAAUCUUGUUCAUGGUCUGAGAGUCCUUUCGGUGCCUUUGGCAAACUCCAAGCGGGUUGUCAUGUGCCUUUUACUGACGAGUGGCUUCCGUCUGGCCCCUCUACCAUAAAGGCCUGAUUGGUGGAGUGCUGCAGAGAUGGUUGUCCUUCUGGAAGGUUCUCCCAUCUCCAGGGGGGAACUCUGGAGCUCUGUCUGAGGCCUGAUUGGUGGAGUGCUGCAGAGACGUUUGUCCGAUUGGCUGACUUUUCAUUUGAAGCAUCUUUAUAUUCUUCGCUUGUUGUUGCAAAGAAAAUGGCCGCUUUGUAUUUGUGGUCACUGUGACUUUCGUUCUGAAGGUACCGGGGGUGAAGUGUUCUGUGUAUAAAAGGAAUCUAACGAAGCACUUAGCUACGAGUGGUCUAACGCAGUCGAUAACUAACGAACGCUUUGAAGUGUAACUUUAGUAACGACGAUUUUGGGAAACAGUUCGAGGCCUAACGAUGACCGUAGCCUGAAGAUGCUUUUGGGAAGCCGGGCCCUGGUUGAUAGGAAGCUAAAUAUUUGUUUUAAUAUGUGUUGAGUCGAAGUAUACCAAUGGCACUGUCUCGAUCUAUAGUAUAGUAUAGUAUAUCUAUGUAUCUAUAGAUCUAUACUGUCUGGUCUAUAGUAGUGCACUAUAUAGGGAAUAGGGCUCUGGUCUAUAGUAGGGCACUAUAUAGGGAAUAGGGCUCUGGUCUAUAGUAGGGCACUAUAUAGGGGAUAGGGCUCUGGUCUAAAGUAGAGCACUAUAUAGGGAAUAGGGCUCUGGUCUAAAGUAGUACCACUAUAUAGGGAAUAGGGUUUGAUUUGGGAAGCAGGAAUUGUUAGAGAGAGCAAGGUGAAACCACCAAUCACAGACACACUGAUACUUUUUGGGAGAGCGAGAGAUUUAAUAGCUCAAUGUAUCCACAAGCCUACAGGACUUAAAUGGUUGUUUCCUUGCUGUUUCAUUGCUUUAAAGAAAAUGUGCCGUGGCUUUUUCUUGUCCGUAAAAAUCCAUUUUGAAGUCUAGAGGACCGCAUCACAGUUGUACAUUUUGGGACAUGUUUAUCUGAAUCCCACUUACAGAUGUAGGAUCUUAAUUUGAGCCAGUUUGCUACAGCAGUAAAAUAAUCCUUCAGCAACAGGAAAAUAGUGAAUUAUUCUGUGUUUUAAAUGGACGUUAAAAAAAACGUUCUUCUUUUUUUUCAAUAUACAUUUUUCAUACGGGAAAAAUCAUGUCUGAAAUUUCAAAGUGGAAAUGACAAACUUCAGAAGAUUCUAAUACGUUACAGGUUUUACAUUUCCUGCAUUGCAUGACCUUUCUGGACGGACGGACAGAGAGAAGAAACAGAAAGGAGAGAGAAGGAGAGACCACCUCAACAGCAGCUCAAAAUCACAUAGUAACAUACUUGUGAGAAGAAACUAUGUCUAAACCCCAUACAAUAACACAGCUAAACUAAUUGGGAAAUUAUUUUAACCAUGGUAUUCACAAAAUGGAUAACUAUCUAGAUGGUCUAGAAUCUUGGUCCCAUCUCAUCUGAAAUACAGAAUAGUUCACCAUCUAGAUGGUCUAAAAUCUUGGUUCCAUCUCAUCUGAAAUAUCAGAAUAGUUUACUAUCUAGAUGGUCUAGAAUCUUGGUCCCAUCUCAUCUGAAAUACAGAAUAGUUCACUAUCUAGAUGGUCUAGAAUCUUGGUUCCAUCUCAUCUGAAAUAUCAGAAUAGUUCACUAUCUAGAUGGUCUAGAAUCUUGGUCCCAUCUCAUCUGAAAUACAGUUUAUAUAUUUUGUCUACUAUUACAUAUUUUUUACUUCAGACUUUCCUUUGACAAUAUAUAUAUUUUUUCCUGAUUCAAAUCAAAUAAAUUGUUAUUUGUCACAUUUGCUCUGUAUACAAACGGGUGUAGUCUUUACCAUGAAAUGCUUGAUAUUGUAGAAUUUGUGCUUAUGUUGCUUUUUUGACUUGUCCCGGCCAUCUUAACUCACCAUUGCAGCACACAGCCAUGAUUUAUCAAUCCAUAUACAACGCAGAGCUUUGCUGCCUUCAGCUUCUAAUCAAUGACUUUAAUGUAUCUAUGUCUUCAUUUAUGGCCUGGAGCAGCUCUCCUCUAUAUUAAUUUUUUUGUUGCUAACGUUCGAUAUGGAGAGAAAAAGAAACGUCAAGUUGUCACAAGGCUUUUUAGAAUUCGCCAGGGCUGCCUGCUUCCCUUCUCUGAGAUGACAGUUGUUGAAAAGCCUUUUAAUAAUUCUAAUUAGUUAAUGGAUCUGAUCACAUUUAUUAAGUCUGCAGUAAGCACUUCUUUUCCGGGUCACUUUUUUAGUCUUCAUUCCAAAUUGCACCCUAUUUCCUUAUUACGACCCUUAUCGAGCCCUGGUCAAAAGUAGUGGACUAUAUAGGGAAUAGGGCCCUGGUCUAUAGUAGUGCACUAUAUAGGGAAUAGGGCCCUGGUCUAAAGUAGGGUACUAUAUAGGGAAUAGGGCUCUGGUCUAUAGUAGUGUACUAUAUAGGGAAUAGGGCUCUGGUCUAAAGUAGGGCACUAUAUAGGGAAUAGGGCUCUGGUCUAUAGUAGUGCACUAUAUAGGGAAUAGGGUUCCAUUUGGGAUGACGCUCAUCAAAGUGAACUUAAUGAGCUAAAGCACUAAGAGGGGACUCAAAUGGAACGGGCCAUAUGGUGCCAAGCAGCCGUCCAUGGCUCUGCCUGAGUAAAACUCUUUCAUUCUUCUAACAUUCAGUAUGGAAGUAGACAGAAAGGAGUUUUAGGAUGUUAGGACCCCUAUAAUAAGAUGUUAGGACCCCUAUAAUAACAUGUUAGGACCCCUAUAAUAACAUGUUAGGACCCCUAUAAUAAGAUUUUAGCAGGUUAGGACCCCUAUAAUAAGAUGUUUGGACCCCUAUAAUAAGAUGUUAGGACCCCUAUAAUAAGAUGUUAGGACCCCUAUAAUAAGAUGUUAGGACCCCUAUAAUAGGAUGUUAGGACCCCUAUAAUAAGAUGUUAGGACCCCUAUAAUAAGAUGUUAGGACCCCUAUAAUAAGAUGUUAGGACCCCUAUAAUAAGAUGUUAGGACCCCUAUAAUAAGAUGUUAGGACCCCUAUAAUAAGAUAUUAGGACCCCUAUAAUAAGAUGUUAGGACCCCUAUAAUAAGAUAUUAGGACCCCUAUAAUAAGAUGUUAGGACCCCUAUAAUAAGAUGUUAGGACCCCUAUAAUAAGAUGUUAGGACCCCUAUAAUAAGAUGUUAGGACCCCUAUAAUAAGAUGUUCGGACCCCUAUAAUAAGAUAUUAGGACCCCUAUAAUAACAUGUUAGGAUAUUAGGACCCCUAUAAUAACAUGUUAGGAUAUUAGGACCCCUAUAAUAACAUGUUAGGAUAUUAGGACCCCUAUAAUAAGAUGUUAGGAUAUUAGGACCCCUAUAAUAAGAUGUUAGAACCCCUAUAAUAAGAUGUUAGGACCCCUAUAAUAAGAUGUUAGGACCCCUAUAAUAAGAUGUUUGGACCCCUAUAAUAAGAUGUUAGGACCCCUAUAAUAAGAUAUUAGGACCCCUAUAAUAAGAUGUUAGGACCCCUAUAAUAAGAUGUUAGGACCCCUAUAAUAAGAUGUUAGGACCCCUAUAAUAAGAUGUUAGGACCCCUAUAAUAAGAUGUUAGGACCCCUAUAAUAAGAUAUUAGGACCCCUAUAAUAACAUGUUAGGAUAUUAGGACCCCUAUAAUAAGAUGUUAGAACCCCUAUAAUAAGAUGUUAGGACCCCUAUAAUAAGAUAUUAGGACCCCUAUAAUAAGAUGUUAGGAUAUUAGGACCCCUAUAAUAAGAUGUUAGAACCCCUAUAAUAAGAUGUUAGGACCCCUAUAAUAAGAUGUUAGGACCCCUAUAAUAAGAUGUUAGGACCCCUAUAAUAAGAUGUUUGGACCCCUAUAAUAAGAUGUUAGGACCCCUAUAAUAAGAUGUUAGGAUAUUAGGACCCCUAUAAUAAGAUGUUAGGACCCCUAUAAUAAGAUGUUAGGACCCCUAUAAUAAGAUGUUAGGACCCCUAUAAUAACAUGUUAGGACCCCUAUAAUAAGAUGUUAGGACCCCUAUAAUAAGAUGUUAGGACCCCUAUAAUGAGAUGUUAGGACCCCUAUAAUAACAUGUUAGGACCCCUAUAAUAACAUGUUAGGACCCCUAUAAUAACAUGUUAGGACCCCUAUAAUAACAUGUUAGGACCCCUAUAAUAAGAUGUUAGGACCCCUAUAAUAAGAUGUUAGGACCCCUAUAAUAACAUGUUAGGAGGUUAGGACCCCUAUAAUAAGAUGUUAGGACCCUUAUAAUAACAUGUUAGGAGGUUAGGACCCCUAUAAUAAGAUGUUAGGACCCCUAUAAUAAGAUGUUAGGACCCCUAUAAUAAGAUGUUAGGACCCCUAUAAUAAGAUGUUAGGACCCCUAUAAUAAGAUGUUAGGAGGUUAGGACCCCUAUAAUAACAUGUUAGGACCCCUAUAAUAAGAUGUUAGGAGGUUAGGACCCCUAUAAUAAGAUGUUAGGAUGUUAGGACCCCUAUAAUAAGAUGUUAGGAGGUUAGGACCCCUAUAAUAAGAUGUUAGGAUCCCUAUAAUAACAUGUUUGGAUAUUAGGACCCCUAUAAUAAGAUGUUAGGACCCCUAUAAUAAGAUGUUAGCACCCCUAUAAUAAGAUGUUAGGACCCCUAUAAUAAGAUGUUAGGACCCCUAUAAUAAGAUGUUAGGACCCCUAUAAUAAGAUGUUAGCAGGUUAGGACCCCUAUAAUAACAUGUUAGGAUAUUAGGACCCCUAUAAUAACAUGUUAGGAUAUUAGGACCCCUAUAAUAAGAUGUUAGGACCCCUAUAAUAAGAUGUUAGGAUGUUAGGACCCCUAUAAUAAGAUGUUAGGACCCCUAUAAUAAGAUGUUAGGACACCUAUAAUAAGAUGUUAGGACCCCUAUAAUAAGAUGUUAGGACCCCUUUAAUAAGAUGUUAGGACCCCUAUAAUACGAUGUUAGGAGGUUAGGACCCCUAUAAUAAGACGUUAGGAGGUUAGGACCCCUAUAAUAAGAUGUUAGGAGGUUAGGACCCCUAUAAUAAGAUGUUAGGAUGUUAGGACCCCCUAUAAUAAGAUGUUAGGAGGUUAGGACCCCUGUAAUAAGAUGUUAGGACCCCUAUAAUAACAUGUUUGGAUAUUAGGACCCCUAUAAUAAGAUGUUAGGACCCCUAUAAUAAGAUGUUAGGACCCCUAUAAUACGAUGUUAGGACCCCUAUAAUAAGAUGUUAGGACCCCUAUAAUAAGAUGUUAGGACCCCUAUAAUAAGAUGUUAGCAGGUUAGGACCCCUAUAAUAAGAUGUUAGGAUAUUAGGACCCCUAUAAUAAGAUGUUAGGAUAUUAGGACCCCUAUAGUAAGAUGUUAGGACCCCUAUAAUAAGAUGUUAGGAUGUUAGGACCCCUAUAAUAAGAUGUUAGGACCCCUAUAAUAAGAUGUUAGGACCCCUUUAAUAAGAUGUUAGGACCCCUAUAAUAAGAUGUUAGGAGGUUAGGACCCCUAUAAUAAGACGUUAGGAGGUUAGGACCCCUAUAAUAAGAUGUUAGGAGGUUAGGACCCCUAUAAUAAGAUGUUAGGAUGUUAGGACCCCUAUAAUAAGAUGUUAGGAUGUUAGGACCCCUAUAAUAAGAUGUUAGGACCCCUAUAAUAAGAUGUUAGCAGGUUAGAACCCAUAUAAUAAGAUGUUAGGAUAUUAGGACCCCUAUAAUAAGAUGUUAGGACCCCUAUAAUAAGAUGUUAGCAGGUUAGAACCCAUAUAAUAAGCCCUGCUGCUGAGCAUGGAGAGGAUAUAGACGUUGAGUGAUGAAGAUUCUACACGUUAUGUCCAUUGAUGUUUCUCUGUUUCUGUUUCCUUCUCACUGUUCUUAUCUAAAAAAAAAAAAAAAAAAUGUAUGAAUGAAAGAUAGAUUCCCAAAGAUGAAUCAAAAGCAAACUGGUAAAGUGCGUUUGGUGAAACCUUGACGUCACAGAGGUCUCGUUUCUCCAUCAGGGUCGUCUUACCUUCAGGCUGGGAGCCUCUAGAGUUUGUUACCCCUAUAAUAGGAUAGUUACCCCUAUCCUAACAUAUAGGGAGUUUGUUACCUCCAAAAUGGCACCCUACGAAUAAUGUGUAAUAUAUAAUAAUAACACUACUACCAGAGAAUAGGGUGCCAAUUCAACAGUAACACCACUACCAGAAAAUAGGGUGCCAAUUCAACAGUAACACUACUACCAGAGAAUAGGGUGCCAAUUCAACAGUAACACUACUAUCAGAGAAUAGGGUGCCAAUUCAACAGUAGCACUACUAUCAGAGAAUAGGGUGCCAAUUCAACAGUAGCACUACUAUCAGAGAAUAGGGUGCCAAUUCAACAGUAGCACUACUAUCAGAGAAUAGGGUGCCAAUUCAGACGGAGCCUUUUGUUACUUACCGUGUGCACUUUGCUAAGUCUUCUUUGUGAAUGUAAGGCCUUGACUUGUGUGUCCUUUUAACUGUGUUAACUACAUUACCCAUGCUGCACCACAGCCUCUUUCAAAGACAUAAGGAAUAUAUCUGUUGAAUUUCACGGUCUUGUAAAUAUUAUAUUGUGCUAUUGGAAUAUGCUAAUAAAGGGAUAUUUUUCUAAAAAUAAUUGUCCUUCUAAAGUGUUAUCUGCUCUGGUUUGGUUAUUAUUAUAAAAAAAUCAAGUUUCAGAGGGUCAAACACAUAACGAAAACGACUGUAUAUUUCCUGAUGUCAAACCAUGUUGAGUUAUGUUCUUGGCCCCCGUGUGAAUGAAUAGUCACGUUACCAACUUACACGAGAAGCACCUCGCUGUCAUUUUGUCACGCCGUCCGUGUUGCUUCAUUCAUUUGUAGUCGUAUUAACUAUUGGUGAACUAACUUGGUUAACUAACUACCAGUACAGAAGUCUAGUCCCUUUUCUCACAUCAACCUGUUUCAACCUGUUUCAACCUGUUUCAACCUCUUUCUU